UGGAAAUGAUGGUGGGAUUUUUCUCUUGCGCUGACGAUGCUGUUGACAAUUUUAAAAAACAUGGAUGAUCUCUGAGCUGUUGUAGCCUCCACGCUAACCAAAAGCUGCGAAUGGCAGCCCCGCUGCCGUUUGGAUGUCCCGGCGACAGACUUUUGUACACUUUAAUGGUUGUUUGUGAUUACUUUGUAUUGCUAGUCGUGACUAAUUAACUCGUGGAGGGAACAAACCGGGGACUACAGCUGUCAGGAGUAAGCUAGCCGGGAUAACUGAUGAUUCUUAACUGGUUUGUUAGUCUGAUAUCUUCGCAGUAACUCGUUUAACAAUGAUGUUAAUGUCUCAUAACAACAUGGACCCUGAAGUAUAAACUGGUAACGAUGUAUUGCUGUUUGUAGCGGUGUCUCAGCUCUGCCACCACAGUUUUCUGUCACAGUCAGGAUGGGUUGUUUGCUAGCUGACCGUGUUUGACAUGUAGGCUGUGACGGCUGAACCGGAACUGAACUGGACGGUAAUGAAUGCUGGGACACAAGGACUUCAAGUGAAACGAGUUCACUCGAGGAAGAGGUCGAGGGACAGCCUGAAGAGUCACCUGACACCAGCCAAGAAGAGAGGAGGGGACACCUGUUCACAGCCAUGUCCCCAAAACAGGAGGCCUAGCAGCAUCAUGGCCGAUGGACAAGCUGCUGAGUAUUGCAGCGACACUGAUUUAUUUGGGGACUACGACAGUAUCCUGGAGGACAGCUCUGUGUUGGCAAAGCUGGACGAUGUAGAACAAAACGAAAGGCGACGUGACAUCCAGCCUUCAGCCAAUGUGGCGGAUCAGCUGGACUUAACGCCUCUGCGGCCGUCCAAAGAUGUCGCCUGGAAACAGUCCUGUAGAGACAUUCUCACCGACUCCAUCUUAGACAGCCUCGCAGACGAACCCUUGGAGGACUUAGCUUCCAGUCAGCAACAGUUUCAAGACCAAGUUCUCCAGAAUGCAAAGAGGAGCAGGCUGCAGGGCGGAGGUAAAACCUCUAUGCCUUUUAGAAACACUGACUGGACCCCUGAGGUUGGAACAGAAGCAAACGUGGAGGCUCAAACCACGAGGCCGACCAAAGUGAGAAGGAGCGUGGCGGAUCAGCUGAAGAGGACGAUGGUAUGCAAUGCAGCAGCUCCGUCCAGCGUCUCACGGACCGUCGGGUUAAAAGAAGCUGUGGUGUCUGAGGAGAUCAGUGUCGCCAUGCAGGCCAUGGAAACUGUAUCUGCUGAGACAACUGACCUGGGGCCUUUCUUUGGACUCCCCACCAAAGUGAAGGAUUUGAUGCACAAACUGAGAGGAAUCAAGACUUUAUAUGACUGGCAGGAGACGUGUUUGAACCUGGACUGUGUUCAGGAGAGGAAGAAUCUGAUCUACUCGCUGCCCACCAGCGGAGGGAAGACUCUUGUUGCAGAGAUCCUCAUCCUCCGAGAGCUGCUGUGCAGGAAGAAAGACUGUCUGUUCAUCUUACCGUACAUCUCACUGGUGCAGGAGAAGGUUCGUGGGCUAGCGAGCUUCGGCCUGGAGCUGGACUUCAUGGUGGAGGAGUACGCUGGCAGUAAGGGCAAGUUUCCUCCAGUGAAGAGAAGAAGCAAGGCAUCGCUUUACGUCGCUACGAUAGAGAAAGCCCACAGCCUGGUCAACUCCCUGAUAGAGAGCAGCAGGAUGGAAAACCUGGGGCUGGUGGUGGUGGACGAGCUUCACAUGUUGGGUGAUGGCAGCAGAGGGGCUCUUAUUGAAAUGACUCUGGCCAAAGUCCUCUACGUGAGCAAGACGACUCAGAUUAUUGGGAUGAGCGCCACUCUGGGAAACAUUGACGACCUGCAGACGUUUUUAAAGGCUGAAAAUUACACCAACGACUUCAGGCCUGUUCAGCUGAAGGAGUUCGUUAAACUGAACGACACAAUUUACGAAGUUGACGCGAAGGAGGAGGAUUGUUUCCGCUUCUCACGUCUUCUCAACUUCAAAUACUCGAGUGCGAUGCAGAAGAUGGACCCGGAUCACGUCAUCGCUCUGGUGACUGAAGUCAUCCCGACUCACUCGUGUCUGGUGUUCUGCCCCACCAAGAAGAACUGUGAGAACGUCGCAGGGAUGAUCUGCAAAUAUCUGAAAGAGGAGUUCCUGAGGCACCGGGAGGCGGAGAAGGCCGUCCUCCUCAGGGAGCUGAGGGCCAGCGGGGGCGGCGCUUUGUGUCCCGUCCUCAGGAGGACUGUGCCCUACGGCUUGGCCUACCACCACAGCGGACUGACCUCAGAGGAGAGGAAACUGGUGGAGGAGGCCUACUCCAACGGGGUGCUCUGUCUCCUCAGCUGCACCUCCACCCUGGCAGCAGGGAUCAACCUACCUGCCCGCAGAGUGAUUCUGCGCUCGCCAUACGUGGCCACGGACUUCCUGAAGAGGAGCCAGUACAAGCAGAUGGUGGGUCGAGCCGGUCGAGCUGGGAUCGACUCUGUGGGAGAGAGCAUCCUCAUCCUGCAGGACAAGGACAGAAACAUGGCUAAAUCACUUGUGUGUGCCCCGAUGGAAAACUGCUACAGCAACCUGCUGCACGACGGGGGGAAGUGCCUGCAGAGUCUCAUCCUGUCGCUUGUAGGAUUAAAUAUCACCUCCUCUGUGGAUCAGGUGAUUGACUUCCUGAGUGGGACGCUGCUGUACGUCCAGCAGAGGCACCUGUGUGUGGAGACGAGUCUGUGGGACGUGGUGCGGCGGUGCGUCAACCUCCUGAAGGACAAAGAUCUCAUCACGGUGAACGCACAGCCACACGGUCAGACUCUGCAGGUCACCAAGCUGGGAAAGGCUACGUACAAAGGCUCGGUGGACCUGACCUUCAGUGACGUGCUGUACAGAGACCUCUCUAAAGGUCUGGACGGUCUGCUGCUCAACAGCUGCCUCCACCUGGUCUACCUGGUCACACCAUACGACAUGAUUUCACAGUGCAAGCCCGACUGGAUGACGUACUUCAGACAGUUCACCCUGCUGUCGGCGGCAGAGCAGAGGAUGUCUGCGGUUGUCGGGGUGCCUGAGAGUUUCAUCGCUAGAAAAGCUGCAGGACAGACGGUGAAGAAGGGCGUGGACAUGGAGGCGGUGGGCCGGAUGUAUUUGGCUCUGGUGCUCUUCGGUUUACUGAAGGAGACAAACCUGUGGAGCAUCGCCGACAAGUUCCAGCUGAGCCGGGGUUUCGUCCAGACUCUGGUCAACUCCUCCUCGGCCUUUUGCUCCUGCGUCCUGCACUUCGCAGAGGAGCUGGAGGAGUUUUGGCCUUACAAAGCUCUGCUGACGGAGCUGACGCGAAGGCUGAGUUACUGUGUGAAGGCUGAGCUCAUCCCUCUGAUGGAGGUGGCUGGAGUCAUGGAGUCUCGAGCGAAGCAGCUGUAUAACGCCGGCUAUAAGACGCUGACUCACCUGGCCAACGCUGAUCCCGCCGUUCUCUCCAAGGCCAUAGAAAACCUUUACAGGAAACAGGCCAAUCAGAUAGUGGCCUCUGCUAAAAUGAUGUCUCUGUGUGUUGCAGAUGCUAGUGAAUGAAAAAGCUGCAGCUCUUCAGGAGGAAGUGGACGAUCUGCUGACGAUCCCUUCAGAUCUGCCCACGCUGUUAAGAACUGAACAACUCAUCUGACUUCUUUUUAUUUUCUUUGUAGUUUUUUAUUGUUUCGUCUGUUUGAAGUGCACAUCUUAUUAAAAUAAUGUACAAAAGUCA